AUGUUUCGGGUCGAACAGCGGCUUUCGACAGCUUGCGGAAGACUUUCCAAAUGUCGAGGUAAACACCAACUUGCCGGAGAUGAUUACCAGUUUUUACAACGAAGUGUAAUACCUUCGUAUCAUUUCCAAAAAAGUCUUCGUCGACUGCCCGUUCCAAAGUUAACGGAUUCAUGCAAUAGGUUUCUAGCAUCUGCGAAGGUCGUUCUUAAUGAUGCUGUUUACAAGCGAACGGAAGAAGUGGUUCGUGCGUUUGAGAAGAGUGAAGGACCAGAACUCCAAAAGGCUCUGUUGGACUAUGAUCGAAAUCACAAAGACACUAGCUACAUAUGUGAACCAUGGUUCGAUAUGUACCUACGAUCCCGUAUACCAUGCCCGGUCAACUUUAAUCCCUUCAUGAUGUACGCACCGGAUCCAAAUGCACGAUUCAAUCAUCAGAUACAACCACGACAGAAAAACACUUCUAUAGGUCAUGAUGCCAACGUGGAAAGGAAUUUAUGCGGAGCUCGACAUCUUCGCAUGACAAAAGCAUAUGUUCGACGACUCUGCUGCCGCUUUCUCUUGCGCUAUCGCCUUCUCACUGCUUCCUCCCCUGCUUUCAAUGUAAUGUUCUUGACCAGUUUGGAUCGCGACACAUGGGCGAAAGUUCGUGAUGAAAUGAUGAUGGAGGCUGGUAAUGCCCAGAAUUUUGAAAAGGUUGAUGGUGCUCUCUUUACUCUCUGUCUGGACGACUUGAAAUCGCAGGAUCCUAUUAGACUCACUCAGUCCCUCCUUAUUGGUGAUGAUGCAAGUAAUCGUUGGUUCGACAAGAGCUUCUCCCUUAUCAUGGAUGGAAACGGUCAAGCCACGAUAAAUUUUGAACACUCUUGGGGUGAUGGAGUAGCAGUUCUUCGACUGAUGGAGGAGUCAUACAAGGACACCAACACCCAUCACUUCGUUACACCUGACACAGUGCCACAGCCUGCGGAUCCUUCCAUGGUGAAAGAGAUAGAGUUCAACCUCACUGAUUCGCUGAGAUCACGAAUCAGCGAGGCGCAAAAGGCCCAUGUGACACGAAACAGCAGUCUUGACUUUGCCACGAUGGAGUACUGUGACAUGACGAAGGAUACCAUCAAGAAAUCGAAAAUGUCUCCGGAUUCCAUUAUGCAAUUAGCGAUUCAGAUGGCAUUCUAUUCGAUCUACAAGGAAAUGGUUCCUACGUAUGAAUCUUGCUCUACAGCAGCUUUCCUCAAAGGACGAACGGAUUGCAUGCGGUACUCUGAUUUAACAGGUUAA